AUGUCCGCCGUCGAAGAAUCCAAGCGCGCCGCCGCAAAGGUCGCUGUCGGAAACCACUACCCCAAGGAUGCCCGCUGGGUCGGUAUCGGCAGUGGUACGACAAUCGUGUACGUGGUCGAGGCCAUCAAGGCCCUCGGCGUCGACACCUCCGCCACGAAGUACAUCCCUACCGGAUACCAGUCAAAGCAGCUGAUUGUCAACGCCGGAUUGACCGCUGUCGAGUACAAUGCCCUUCCCCGCGGCACUAUCCUCGACGUAGCGUUCGAUGGAGCGGAUGAGGUCGACGAGGAUCUGAACUGCAUCAAGGGCGGUGGUGCAUGCUUGUUCCAGGAGAAGAUCGUCGCUAUGCAAGCUAAGGAGUUUAUCUGUGUCGCCGAUUUCCGCAAGCUUCAACCCCGUCUCCUUACAAACUGGAAGUCAAUUCCUAUCGAGGUCGCCCCCAUCGCCGCUUACCGCGUUAUCCGUAAGCUGGAGGAACUCGGCAGUGUCGACCCCGCCAUCCGCGCAUCCGCAACCGCCAAGGAAGGUCCCCUCAAGACUGAUCAGGGCUUCUUCAUUAUCGAUGCUCCCUUCAAGCCCUUGCUGAUCAAGGCUGAUAUCGAGGCUGGCCAGGAUGGUAGUGGCAAGGAUGGUGUGUGGGCGGUUGAUGUUUUGGCUCGCAAGAUCAAUGAGAUUAUCGGUGUGCUUGAGGUCGGUAUUUUCCAAGGCCUGACCGGCCCCCAGGCUUCUGCUGCCGGUGAUUUUGGUGGUCAGCGGCCUGUUGCAGCCUACUUCGGUAUGGCUGAUGGGUCGGUCUCUGUUCGCAAGGCCCAGUAG